CUUGUCUGCAAAACAAGCACCUUCUCCCGUGCUCCUUUUCCCAGUCAAAAAGGAUACCACAAUUCCACAGAAGACCAUGAAGUGUCUGAUGUCGCUGCUUGCCCUCUCGGCCGUGAUUGCUGUUGUCACGGCUGGCUAUGGCUACGGACAUGGCUAUGGCGGCUAUGGCGGAUACGGAGGCUAUGGUGGAUACGGAGGCUACGGUGGAUACGGAGGCUACGGUGGAUACGGAGGCUACGGCGGCUACGGUGGUUAUGGCCAUGGUGGAUAUAGAGGCUACGGUGGAUAUGGAGGCUAUGGUGGAUAUGGCGGCUAUGGUGGUUAUGGCGGUUACGGCGGAUACGGUGGCUACGGAGGAUAUGGUGGUUAUGCCGGCUAUGGUGGCUACGGAGGAUACGGUCAUGGUGGAUACGGCGGCUACGGGCAUGGAUACAAGCUCAUCAGCUACGGACACGGCUACCAUGGAUAGGUUUAUUGUAAAGCACUGUUUAUUGAACUGUAAAUAAAGAUAACUGUGAUAUCAACAUCA